AUGGAUCUUGUCAACAACAAAGCUCUUAAACAAUUUUUUUCCCUGCAGAAAUGGAUCACUAAGCUUAUAAAAAUGGAUUAUAAUUUAUGUUUUCCUACAGGAAAAGUAAGAAAGAAAUUGAGCUUUUUUGAAAAGGGUUUCUUUCGGUAUCCAAAUGAUGAUCAAGAACGAAGCUAUGUGAAAACAUUCCUUUCAAAUAUUCAUUUGUUUAAUGGAAAUCGGAUUUCUGACUUGACUUCCCAUUCGAUGAAGAUAAAUUAA